GGAUGAGUCUAAUAAAUCAUUUGUUAACCAUCUCAUUAACGAACUUUUUAAUAUCUAAGCGGAGACUGACCGCACUUCAUAGGUCCGUUCAAUUAAAAAUUCCAUCUCCUAAUCGAGUCAUGAAAUAUGCAAGCAAAUAUUAUCCCUUUUCUUUUGUACGCGUUGCAUCUUCGCCCCACCCGCGCACGCACACCAACGCACGGCACUUAUGAUCGCUGGCCGUCUCUGUCGCGCGCGGGCGUUCGCCGCGCGGGAGGGACGCUCGGUCUCGCUCGUUCAGCCGAGGCGGCUGCGACCGCGAGUAACCCCUGGCUAUCCUUACGGACUCGCACGCGCCCUCGUCGGCCGGCCGAGCGAGAUGGCGCGAGUCGUGGACAUGCGGAGGCCGCGGAGCCCUCGCGCGAAGGGACACAGGACAGACGCUCUCGGACAUCGGGCGAGAGCGGGCGGCCGGCCGCGCACCUGCUACACCGCUCCGCACACGCGGUACUCGAGCGCGACGACUAUAUCGUAAACUGAAAAUACAACUCCUGAAAAUUAUUACGUUUUACUCUCUUAUCGUUGAUUUUAAUCUUCUCAAAUAAACAAUAUUAAUCCGUCUAAUUUGAACAUUUUAGUGAACUUUGCGAAAGACAGUGCAACAAAUAUUUUCGAACAGAAAAGUGAAGAAGUUUUAUCAUGAUAUAAAAUCUGAAGUGUGACCAACAGCCACGUUCGCCAAAUAACGAAAUCGCCACUAGGUGUGGAUUGAUUAGAUUACACUGAGACGCUCAUUCAAGUGCUGAUAAGAACGUAUGACCAAAUUUUUGCGAAUAAACAUCCGAAGGGCCAACCGGUGCACAGCAACAUGAAAAGAAAAAAGUAAGCAAAUUGAUAAGUGCAAAAUAAUUUGCUAAACAUGAAAAAGUUACGAAGAUGACUAGAAAUUUUACGCAAGUUUUCUGCCGUCGGACUUUCGAGUAUCCAGUGACAUCUCGACCCCGUUAUCAAAAACUUUGUAAAACACCGAACGAUAAGCCGUCGGGGCUGUGAAUGUGAAGUGAAGAACUGUCGCCAGAUACCGAAGAUAUUUAGAUAAAAUUCUGGUUGAUAAAGAAGUUGUUGCAGAUCUAAAAAUAGGUGACCAAAUCAAGAUGAGAAUCAAGAUGCCAGCUGUACGCAUCGCGCAAGCGGAUGCGGACAGCGCGGCCGAAGGCGGCGGCUCGCCGACGCCGGGCAUGUCCGACACGCUGACCUGCGGCGCGUGUCGGCGCGCCUUCGCGCUCGCCGACAUCGUGCGGUUCAUCCAGCACAAGAUCUCGUCGUGCGACAAGGAUCUCACGUCCUACCACUGUUACAGCGCGGGUCCUAAUUCUGACCCUGAAGACGGGUCCCGACCCGGCCAGGUGUCAAGUGCGAACGCGAGCGGACGGCGGCCAUCGCUGCUAACAGCGAGAAGACCGCCCAGCAGCAGAGUCCAUACACCGCCGCUGGCUAGCCCUUCCAUCGCCCCUCCUGAUCUCAUUGAAGACGGAGGUGCUUCUAGCACGCCAAAGCGAUUAUUAGACGAAGCUGACGCUGGUGUGUCAACACCAAAGCGGAGGGCAUCAACAUCGCCAAUGCCAUCAAGUUCCCCCGAUGAAGACAUCAAACCCAAGAUCAAACAAGAGCACAUGGAUACUUCAGCCUCUCCAGAUGAUCAAAAGAAAUCUAGAACUGAAGUAGCUGACGCUGAAUCUAAUACCAUGCACAGUGAGCCGAGCAACUACGUGUGCUCCACUUGCAAGGCGCGCGUGCAUUCGGCGUGGAGGCUGCUGCAGCACGUGCAGCAUGUCCAUGGAGUCAAGAUAUACGUGGAUAAUGCUCCACAGCAGCAGCUCAAUAAGCAGAACCAUUCCUCGUCGAGCACGUCUUCUUCGAGCUCAGGGUGCUCGUCAACUGGCGCGCCGCUCCCGCCACCGUCACUUCGCCAUCACCCGUUACUACCUCCUCCGGAUAUGCAUUCGCCUUUCGGAGUCGGUGGUCUCUUAAGAAUGCCACUCCCAGGAAGCUUACCACCGCUGGCUCAUCCUUCAGUUCCUCCGGCGCCACUUUUCGCGCGACCAAACCAUCACGACCAUAGGUUUAGGAUGGAGCAACUUGUAUCAGAGCAAUUUCGCCACCAUGGGAUCAAUUUGGCUGCGGCCGCGGCAGCAGUAGCGGCCAACUCCCUCCCACCUCACCAACCGUUCCCAUCACCGGCAGACCGGCCACCCGUCAUACCGACGUCGGUCUCCUCUCGGGACAGAGUACCUCCAGUAUCACAACCACUAUCACUUGAACCCCAGCUGGAUUUUUACUCGCAGCGCUUGCGGCAACUGGCCGGUACGACCAGUCCAGGGGCGGCCACAGGCAAUUCGAGCUCUCCUAGCCCCAGGAAGCAUUCGCCGCCGUUCGCUUCCCCGUCGCCCUCCCGAGUCGGUCAGACUCCACCGGUGGGCGCCGGACCCGGGACGGUGGACGCGCCCCGCGACGCUUCGAGGCCCCAUAGCUCGACGUCGCCGGAGCGCCGCGCGGAGCCGCCGAUCGCGGACGCGCCUCCAGAUCGCCCGUCUUCGACUCCGUCUGCAAAACGCAAUAAUGACGAGGCUGUACAUUCCUGUGAGUUCUGCGGAAAGAAGUUCCGCUUCGAGAAUAAUUUAAUGGUGCAUCGCCGCACACAUACCGGCGAAAAACCGUACAAAUGUAGUGAAUGCGACGAAGCGUUCGAGAAAGUUUCCAAAUUAAAAAGGCACAUGAAAGUGCAUAGAGGUACUGAUGCCAAUACGGAAGAUGGAGAAUCUGGCGGUGACACCGGUGAGGAUGACUCAGAUGAAGAUCUCGAAGACGAGGAGUUAGAUGGUGAGGAUGAAGAAGAUAAUGAGGAUGGCGAAGACGUUGAGGAAGCUGAGGACUUAACUGUAUCAAAUAGCAGUGCUCCUUCCGCACCACCCCGAAAACAAUCUCUUCCUCUUCCCGCUCAUCCCCCUUCCGCUUCCGUUGUUGGUGAACUAAUGGAUAAAUUCGGUUUAUCAAACAUUGCUCAAUACAGCGAAGCUUUCAAACAGGCAUUACAGGAAUCGGGAAACUCGCUUAAAUGGCAACUGGCAAAGGACCGUGACAAUAACAAUGGUCCUUCCAGCGAUAAGCCAAACGGCAUGCCCCCCACUGCUGCAUUACGGCUAAAGGAAGAAUUCGCAAAGAUGCCGCCGCAACCACACCCUUUGUUUAAUCCUUUUGAAAAUCCGUUUGAAGCUUCCAAGCGGAUGAAGUUAGAUAUGGACCGAGGUGAGGGUUGGUGGCUGCCAACGUUACACGCGCAACGACCACCAGAAAAUAUUUUCGAUGGCCUCAAAAACACCAGCAACGGUCUCUUACAAAACCCUCUCUUGAAGUCGAAAGAAGGACGACGAAAUGACACUUGCGAAUACUGCGGGAAGGUAUUUAAGAACUGCUCAAAUCUGACAGUCCACAGGCGAUCUCAUACUGGUGAAAAACCCUAUAAGUGUGAAUUAUGUUCGUAUGCGUGCGCUCAGAGCUCCAAGUUGACCAGGCACAUGAAGACGCACGGUCGUUUGGGAAAGGACGUGUAUCGCUGCCGGUUUUGUGAGAUGCCCUUCUCAGUACCGUCAACACUCGAGAAGCACAUGCGUAAGUGCGUCGUGAAUCAGAGUAACGGUGCAGCGUUAGCUUUGUCCGACGACUCGAACGCGUGUCGAGAAGAGGCCUCGUGACUCUACCCGUGGGGCGGUCUCCGCCUACCGCCGCCUGCGCCGCCCAGCCAGAUAUUUUAGGCCUAAAAUCGUUGCGUUUCUCAUCGCUUGAAUCACACUAACGUUCUAGUCUUAAGAAUUGAAUUGGUUGGCGAAUGAUUGCAAUAUUAGCCCGAGAGCUUCCGCACCGAAGGGCAUUAACUUUAUUUAUAUCUUAAGUGACAUAUCGUAUAGGCCUGAGCUGAACCAGUGUUGAGCAGUUCCCGUUGCAUUGUUAAUGUUAGUUUGCGAAUUAUGUUUUUAUUUUGAGGCUGUACUGUUCAUUUUCAAUGAUCUUUAAAUGUUACAUUCGAUUGAUCUUUGUUUGACAUGUUUUAAUUUAUAGAAAAUGUGGAAACCAAUGCCAAAGUUAAGCUAUGUUGAUUUAAUGUAUGGUUUAGUUGUAAGCUGUAUAGUGUCAAUUAUGAAUAGAUUUUUCCAGUAUUUUCUUAGGAUCUUCAUAGUUCGGUAGCAUGUACGUGUUUGGGAGUAAGUUGUUUGGUAUUUUUCGGGUUUACUGUACAAUAAUAAGCAAAUGUUUCCUAUCUUAGUUAAGACCUUGUAAAUAGUAGCUAUAAGUAUGAUAUGUAAAUCGAGUACCUAUUGAUGUUCAUAUUUAUAGAAGACAAGAUGUUUCGGAAAUUAUAGAAAAUAAAUAAACGAAAUUUGGAAAAUACGGUGAGUUUCCUGUAAUCGAUAUUUUAAGUAUUGUAGAAAGCAAAAUUGGAAUCGAUUUUAAGUGUACGUGUUAUAGUAAUUGCGUAAAUCUAAAUUUAAUUAGUGUUUAAAUUAAUCAAAAUGAAUCUAUGGGAGAAGCAUUAGACCUUAGUUUCGUGUUCGAGUCGAGCCGACGAGAGCUAGUUUCUUUGUUAAGACUGACAAAAUAAUUCCAGUUUUGUUUUUAAAGACGUUUCGUGAUUUAUGGAACCUUUCACUCGUACCUAAAUUAGUCCAAGUGUGAAAUCUUUCAGUAUACGUACUUAAUGUAAAUUAUGAUAGAAUUUAUAUUAGAUAAAUAUGUAAGGAAAUUAUAGCAGGGUUUUGUCUCCAGUCGUAAUGUCUAUGGUAUUCAAAUUGCUUAAGGCCUCUUCAGUCUACUUGGUUGAUGUUUAUGAUCUUAUUUGUUAAGAUUUGAAUCAAACCUUGUCUGGACAGGUCUUAGGCAUGUAAUUAUUUUCUGUUUCCCCAUA